UGAUUGAUUCGAUUCGAUUCGGAACACGCACCACGCACUUCCUCGCUCCGACAGAGUCUUCCCAUCGCAUCAUCGCGGGCAUCAUUGGGACAGAUUAUCAUUUCGCUUCUAUUGCUCAUUUUCCUCGGCAUGUUGCUCGAAUAAAAAGGACCACUAUUAAAAUAGCUAGCUAGCCAGCAAGCCAGAAUUAUCAAAGAGGAAAUAUAACCAUCGAUUUGGCUUGGAGCGAGACACAGCAACAAGAAAACAAAAAUGGGAAAACCAAAAUUCAACCCAAUCAAUGAUUUCCUCUCUGGUGCCAUUAUGGCCGCCACUUCGGUACCUCAACUAGUAAGCUAUGCCGAAUUGGUCGGCUAUGCGAGUUACCGCGGUUUGCAGACGGCAGGGCCACCCCUCUUUGCCUAUGGACUCACCACCGGAUCUCCCUUCAUGUCUGCUGGAGUUACCAGCAUUACGGCAUUAAUGUGCAAGUCCGAUCUGGAUGGGGAGGCGUAUGUCGCGCAGCACGGAGAAGAAGCAUACGUGACAUUGGUAGCACAAUAUUCUCUCUGUGUCGGCUUGGCAUCUGUUUUCUUGGCCCUUGUAGGAUUUGGAAAACUCGCCAAGGGAGUACCCAAACCAGUGAGGACGGGAUUCAAAUGGGGAUGUGCCGUUGGUGUGUUUCUGUCGGCAAUGCCCAAUGGAAUAUUCGCACAAGGAUCGGGUCAACUCAAGACAUUGGCCAAGAGUUCUUCCAUUGCCAGACAAGUGGCCGAAUUCAAAUCAUUGGCCCCAGGAGCCGUGUCGGUAACCAAUCUACUAUAUGCCAUGACCAUACCGUUCGAGUGGGGACUGGCUUCGACUAUUCUCUUUGUAUUCGGCACUGCCUUUGUCGUGCAAUCCAAAAACUUUAUGCCCAAAUUUCUUCCACCAGGAACCGAAGUGAUUUUGGUCACGGGCAUUGCAACAGUCUACAGCAUUCAUUUCAACUAUGACGGUUCUGUGGUCGGUGAAAUCCCACAGGUAGACCCUGAUGCUGGAUUCUCGUUUCUGGAUGGACGCAUCAGAGUACCAGUGGAGUUUUUGGAUCUCAAACAGCUCGUCAUGGACAUUCCAGAGACGCUGGUAGAAAGGUUUGGUGGAUACCUCAUGCUGGCCACAUCAGCAACUCUAUUUGCAGCAGUUAAUUUCCUCUCCAUUAUGGGAAUUGCUUCCGGUUUUGAGGCUGAAAAUGGCAUCCCGUGGUCUGCAGAGAGAGAAAUGGUGGCACAAGGUGUUGCCUGCGGGGUAGCUGCAGCGGUUGGCUCGGCCCCUGUGAGUGGAAGCAUGAGCAGGUCGCUUGUCUCGCGAAUGACUGGCACAACAUCACAGCUAUCCGCCUUGAUAACGGCACUUGCCUGGAUUUAUCUUCUACCAUACAUGAGCAUCAUGAGUCCCUGUCCAAAAGCAGCCCUAUCAUCUAUCAUUAUCAGUGCGGUACUGAAAUCAGUUGUCAUUCCUUCAGGUCUCUUGCAACUGAAGGGCAUUGAUUCAUUCGUUGGAUGGGGUACUGGAGUGGCAACUUUGUUGACGAGCCCUACAACUGGAUUCGGCGCUGGCCUCGUGCUUGCCGCAGUUGCUGCAGUGCUGAGCCCAGCGCCAAAGGCAAAACAACAAUAAGCAAUAUCACGCAACGAAGACAUCCCAUCACGUCCCGUCCGAACAGCUUGGUGAAACCGAGAGAUUACAGGCGAACUGAACAAAUGCUUUGAUCGAAUGGUUACCUGUGUUGGGCGGUAGCGACUUCUGAGUCAUUGGAACGAUACAUACAAUAGCUAGCUUACAUUGAUUCUUGCAAUAGUACUAUCUCACCAGGAUAUUCUCUGAGGGGU